CCCUGACUCCCGGCCCUGCACUUCUCCCAGUUUUCUCCCUUGUCUGUAUCAUCGAGCUCGAUCAAGGGCGUUCAUCCACAUAGUACUGGUUAGCUGCAUGGCGGAGCGUCUUGCUGCUGUGCCGGAGUUGAGCACGGCCAGCUUCACGGUUCCGUCCCCGCCGCGCGGCUUGUACCGCGAUUUGGUCCGGAGCGUUGUUGUCUCUGGUGGGCUGGUAAGACCGUCUCCCUACUCCCAGUCUGGCCAUAGUGGGUCAUCAGGAAACUCCACUGCCUCAAGUUCCUGCCUGACCAACUCCGGCAUCUCCUCUCGUUCAGCCUGCGAUGCCACAACUGAUUUCGGAGCGAACGAGCUCACGGUGAUCACUCACCGGAUGUUCAGCGAUGGGUACAUCGAGCGCAUGGUCCAAGCGUUCGAAUCCGGCGGCGACCCGAGCCGUGAGCUAGAGAAGUGGCUAUUCGAGCUCGACGUGGAAUGGGUUCUCCAAGUACGCGAGGGCCAUGGCCCACGGCGGCAGCUCCAGUUCCUUUUCCAGGUCCAGCUCCCAUACAAGUCGGCAUCGUGGCUCCAAGAAUUGGUCGGGAGGUGGAUUCUAGCUUUCAUUAUAAUUCUUGUCAGCAUAAAAAAGGUGGCCUUCACCGUCCAGGACACACCGGCUGUCGCACGGUUUGGCAAAGCGAGCAUCUCGGCGAUGCUUGUCUUUGUGGACGCUAUCAUCCCAGUUCUCAAGGAGGGCAAGUUACAGGCCAUGCUAGACAUGUAUGCCUGCGUCUCCCCCCGUGCACCGUACUACUUUACGACCCUCGUGGGCUCACCAGAAGCACACAUCAUUUUCAAUGAGAUAGACGGCUUGUUGGAGAUACGAGGGAACAUGCUAAGCGAGGCCAUAUCCAACACAAUGGAGGAGGUGAGGACACUCAUGGAGGACGACGACUCGUGGGCUAUUGAGCUCCCGAGAGGAGGAGGCGAUGUUCACCGGAAUACCCGGUGCAUGGUGGAUUACAUCGUGUCGAUGAAGAAAGCGCGCGCAUCCACGCAGAACUCUGCACCGAGGCACGACCCCGUGUAUCUUGAUGGGCUGAUAGAUGACACGAUGGAUUAUCUGAAGGAUCUGCUUCUGAGAAAAUCGGAACUGUUCUUGGAUCCAAGCCUCAGGUACCUGUUCCUGCUCAACAAUUCCUAUUUCAUAGCGCAAGUGGUGUCUGGGCCAUCGGCUGAAUGUGAAAAGUACAUGGAUAGCCAUCUCGAUGUUUCUUGGGGAAAUGCGGUGUCCAGCCUAUGCUGCAAACCGAAAUCCAUUUUUGGUACCACAGUGCUCUGCUGUUGGAAGUGGGACAACACCUCUUCAGUAGCUAAAUUCCAGUCAGCGUUUCACAAAACGUACCAGGCUCAACAAUUCUGGAAGGCCCCAGACCCUCAGCUCCGAUGCGCGCUGCGAAAAAACAUCACCAAGAGGAUCGUUUCAGCUUACCGCAACUACCUGGAGGAGCAUCCGGAGCAACAGAAAUAUGUUAUUGACGGAAACAGCAGUCCAGAAUGUUUGGAGGAGUUGCUGACAGAGCUAUUUGAAGGAUGAAAACUGCUUGAGGCAUGGACGAAAUCACAAAACGAAUACAGAGACCGGAAUUACUGUUUUUUCGUCGUAUUUGGGAUUUUUUUAAACAGUAAAGUUAUAUGUUGAGUUUGAUUUCUUACUUAAGUGCCAGGUACUUCAAGUGGCCAAUCCGUGGGUGUGUUUUGAUUUUAUUUCGCGAUUCAAUGUCAAACACCUGUCCUAUGUAUCCUGAUGCUGCAAUGAGAUGGCAAUGGAAAGUUCAGUUAUCAUCUU